CUUGACCUCAGACAAGUCUCUCUCGUGUACAAAAUCUCUGCGUAUCACUUGGAUAACUGGUGUCUUCCUCUGAUACUGUCCCCUCCCCAGGGAAUGAACUACCUCCACAACAGUUACAUCGGUUCCCAUGGAAACCUGAAAUCAUCCAACUGCGUGGUGGACAGUCGCUUCGUGCUGAAGAUCACCGACUACGGCCUGGCCACCUUCCGCUCUUCCUGCGAGAACGACGACUCACACGCACUCUACGCAAAGAAGCUGUGGACGGCUCCUGAGCUGCUGAUAUACGACCGCCACCCCCCCCAGGGCACGCAGAAGGGGGACGUGUACAGCUUUGGGAUCAUCCUGCAGGAGAUCGCUCUCAGGAACGGCCCUUUCUACAUGGAUGGUCUGGACCUGAGCCCCAAAGAGAUCGUCCAGAAGGUGCGGAACGGCCAGCGGCCCUACUUCCGUCCGACCACAGAUAACAGCUGCCACUGCGCUGAGCUGAGCGGGCUGAUGGAGACCUGCUGGGCGGAGGACCCCGCUCGAGAGACCUGACUUCACACACACAUCAAGAUCUAUAUCACCAAGCUCAACAAGGAAGGAAGCACCAGUAUCCUGAACAACCUGCUGUCCAGGAUGGAGCAAUAUGCCAACAACCUGGAGAACCUGGUGGAGGAGCGAACACAGGCAUACCUGGAGGAGAAGAGGAAGGCUGAAAACCUACUUUACCAAAUCCUGCCACACUCGGUAGCAGAACAGCUGAAGCGCGGGGAGACUGUGCAGGCCGAGGCGUUCGACAGCGUCACCAUCUACUUCAGCGACAUCGUGGGCUUCACGUCCAUGUCAGCAGAGAGCACCCCCCUACAGGUAGUGACUCUCCUCAAUGACCUGUACACUUGCUUUGACGCCAUCAUAGACAACUUUGAUGUUUACAAGGUGGAGACCAUAGGCGACGCCUACAUGGUGGUGUCUGGGCUCCCUGUGAGGAACGGUAAGCUGCACGCCAGGGAGAUCGCUGGGAUGUCCCUGGCCCUGCUGGAGCAGGUCAAAACCUUCACCAUCCGCCACAGACCCAACGACCAGCUACGGCUACGGGUCGGCAUACACACAGGACCCGUCUGUGCAGGUGUGGUGGGCCUAAAGAUGCCCAGGUACUGUUUAUUUGGAGAUACUGUCAACACAGCGUCACGGAUGGAGUCGAAUGGAGAGGCCUUGAAGAUCCACCUCUCAUCCGCCACCAAGGAAGUGCUGGAUGAGUUUGGUUAUUUUGACCUCCAGUUACGAGGAGAUGUGGAAAUGAAGGGCAAAGGGAAGAUGAGAACCUACUGGCUCCAGGGAGAGAAAAGCGAUGUGUAUGUUAUCUGAGCGGCUGGCUGAUAACGAGCGGACAUAAAGGAGCCGACCACAGAGGGUUCCAUGGCCAAGACUGCUUUAUUUGUUCUAGAAUAAGUCCUUAAGGUGAUUUCCUACCUUGAACAACAGUAUUUACUAAACAGAAGUUUGGGGGAAGGGGGCGGGUUGGGGACAGAAAAAUUCAAGGUAUGACCUUGUUAUUGUACCUGCAAAAAAAGUUGGAAAAAAGGGUUACAAUGUUUUUGUAUGAAGAACCGUUCUUGUCCUGAGAGUGAGUAAUUUUCAAUGAUAAAUUCUUAUUUUUUGUGCUUUCUAUAUUAAGAUUUGUAUAAUGUGUUUGGAAGUCAAUGAUGUAUUCUUAUUUCCUUAUGGAAUUCUGAAAGGAUAGGAGCAGAGUGUUCAACUCAACAUCAAUGCAGAGGUCCUAAAGUGGUAUUACACAGUACAAGAUGAUAUAUGUAUAUAUGUAUAUCCAAGAUAUUGUAAGAUAUUUUCUUCAAUAAACUGAGUAAAAUUC